AUGGGUCGUUGGACGCAAUACGACGAGGACGAGUACCGCCUGCCCGCGGGUAUGAAACGGGUGGGCUAUGACGCCGAUACUGGUCGCUAUCAGUACCGAAACGCAGGGGGACAACUAUACGAGGGUCCCGAAGGCUCACAAUUUGGAGAGCUGACCAGAGUUGGCAGCGCCCCAAUUACUACCUCAAAUGAGGACGAUGAUGACCUAGAAGCUCUACCUGCUAGAGCGGAUGGCUACCAACCUCUAGCUACUGACGGAAUAACUCGACACAGAUACAACAUUGAAUCACCCUAUCGGAUACUCUUCCCUUUCUUCCUAGGAAUCGGCGUGAUCCUCCUGCUGGUUUGGAGGCUCGUGCUGUCACCUGGGCUCUCACCGCCCAAGCCUCUCUGCCCGGAAGACACUCAAUCAUACCUGGUCCAGCCAGGGGACAAUUGCUGGGAGAUCGCACACUCGCACGGGUGCCCUUGGGCUGAAUUUCAGAAGCUGAAUUCAAACGUCAACUGCGAUCGACUUACUCCAGGUGCGGUCGUAUGUCUUCCAGGCGCUGAUAGUUUAACUUGA